UUUCUUUUAGGCUAUAAAACAUACACUGCAUUACGAAGUAAUGUCGCUAUUGUAUUUUGCAUUGACAUACAUUUAGCGUAGCACGUGUCUGUUGUAAAUUUGAGUGAUUAAAAUUUAAUAACAGAAGUUUUCUAUUAUUCUAUCGUUUUAUUAAAUGAUAAUUAUUGAUAACGUGCAUAAGGUUAUUUUAUCAUGUCAACGAGAUUAACAUUUAUGAGAUAUAAACAAAUGCGAUGGAGGUAUAUAUUUAUUUUCUAUCAGUAUUCAACAAAACAAAGUAUGCAGCUCAUUCAAAGUGUGGAUGAAUUAAUUACAAACAAUGAACUUAAACAUAAGCAUCAUCCAGGUAUAAGGAAACCGAGAGAGGUGGAACAACCUAGCUGGCUUUUAAAUGCAAUUAAAAUCAUUUUACACGAUGAAAAAAUAUCACAGAAUAAACUUAAUGAAGAUUCUAAGAAACUGGAAGCACACAUAUUAAAUCGGCGUCUUCCUUUAGAAAAGGAAGAUAUUAAAUACAAACUAGACUUAGUUGCAUCCAAGUAUGAACAAGCUACAGGAGAGUCUUUAAGUGAUACAGAACUAGAUGACGACCCAAAAGCUAUGAAGAUUUUUAAAAGUGUUGUGUACAAUUGGGAACCAAUUAAUUAUGAUAAAUACACGAGCUUGACGUACGUAAUUCGUAGAAGUGUACCUGAGUAUACUGUUCUGUAUAAAAUUUUUAGUGAAAUUGCUAAUAGUGACAAGAGCUUUAUACCCACCACGUUAUUUGACUUCGGUUCUGGCACUGGUACAGUAAUGUGGGCAGCAUCUCAAUUUUGGGUUGACUCUAUCAAGGAGUAUUACUGUAUCGAUGUUUCCAAACAUAUGAACAAUUUAUCUGAAUAUCUCAUAAAGAACGCUACACCAAAUAUCAACCCAAGCUAUAUAUUUUAUCGACAAUUUUUCCCUGCGUCACCAGUACCAACUUAUGACAUUGUUGUAAGCGCAUAUUCUUUAUUUGAAUUGCCGAACCAAAAUGCUCGUCUUGAGAUGAUCUCGAAAUUAUGGCAGAAAACUCAACAUUACCUAGUUAUUGUAGAAAAGGGAACAAACGCUGGAUUCACUAUCAUAAACGAGGCUCGAGAUUUCGUGCUCAGUCAGAAAAAUAAACGCAGCGUACAUGUUUUUUCACCAUGUCCGCACGAUUUACAAUGUCCUAGGUACACAACUGAUGAUACCCCUUGCAAUUUUGAAAUCAAUUAUAUGACAUUACGUAUUGGUGAAACAUGCAAGACCAACAAGGAACGUUAUUCGUAUGUGGUACUUAAAAAAGGCGAACGUCCAGAAAAUGAUAUUAAUUGGCCACGGAUCGUGAGGCCAGUACUAAAACGUUCCAAACAUGUUUUGUGUCGUGUCUGCACGGCCUCUGGAGAGCUGCAGGAACACAUUUUUACUACAUGGAAGAAUGGAAAAAAUACUUAUCGCUGCGCAAGAUCGAGUGAAUGGGGAGAUCAGUUACCCUUUCAGCCGGUAGAAAUAGAGGAAACAGAGGAAACGAAAGAUAAUACGAAGAGCACAGAAGAAGAGAUAAAGGAGACAAGAGAAGCUGAAUGAAAUAUAUUUGUAAUUUGAGCGUUAUGUAAUAAAAAAAAAGAAAACUCAAAUUUUUAA